AUGCAGUGCGACGAUGUGACUUGGAACAUUCUGCACAAAGGACAGUGCUCCUACAAGGCUUGGUCCAAACCAAAAAUGUUCUGCCGUAACGAGAUGAAUUUAACUGGUUUGUGCAACAGAGCUUCGUGCCCGUUAGCUAAUUCACAGUACGCCACUGUACGUGAGGAGAAUGGAGUGUGCUAUCUCUAUGCAAAAGUUGUCGAACGAUCUCACUAUCCUCGUCGUCUAUGGGAAAAGACAAAGCUAUCGAAGGACAUGAACAAAGCACUUGAACAAAUCAGUGAUCAAUUGAUUCAUUGGAGUGAGUAUGUUAGACACAAGUGUAAAGCUCGUCUCAUCCGAAUUCAUCAGUAUUUGAUUCGAAUGCGCAAAAUGGCCGUUCGUGGAAAUCAGAAGAAGUUGAUUCCAAUCGGUCGCAAAGUUGAGAGACGUGAAAAACGUCGUGAGGAAAAAGCUCUCGUUGCAGCAAAGUUAGAUCACGCGAUUGAGAAGGAACUUCUGGCAAGACUCAAACAAGGAACGUACGGUGAUGUAUACAACUUCCGUCAAGAGGCAUUCGAGCAAAUGCUCGAGAAUACAGAGAAAGAGCUUGAAAUUGAGCAAGAGGUGGAACAAGACGAUCCGGACACUGGUGAAACACAGUUCGUCGCCGAUUUCGACAGUUCUGAUGAUGAAGAAGAUAUGGAGGAUGGUGGAGACGGACAUUGGUCUCCAGAAGAGACGGACAGUGAGAAUGAAGAAACAUGGCAGCAACAAGAGGAGGAAUCAGAUGGAGACGAUGAUGGUGAAGAUGGAGGUGAGCCAAUGGAGGUGGACGAGCCACCAAAGAAGAAAUCAAAGAAGGAGGUUAAGAAGAAGACCGUGAAGAAGGCUGCUGAUGGAAAGAAAAAGAAGCUGAAGAAGAGAGCUCAUGUUGAGAUUGAAUACGAAGAGGAAGUCGAGCCAAGACAAAGAGUCAAGGCCUAA